UUCAGAGCGAAUAGAUGAUGAACAAUUUCAGCAUUUUUGUGAUCUUCGGAGUAAAGGAUUUACCCCUUAGACUAGUAAGAGAGAAGGAGCGUGAACAGUACUCCAUUGCAGUACCAUCUACUGUCCAGCAGGUGGUGGUGUUUUCUCAGGGGAGAUGGGAGAAGCGAACUGGAGUGAGGGUGGAAUUGGCGGAACCGGGCAAUUGCCCCAUCAUGAUAGGGAAUUUAACGCCAAACAAGAAGUGUAUUUCGUGGGAAAGCUGGGAGGGAGGAGACACAUGGAGCGGUGAUUUGACUUUAACAGCAAGUGUGGAGGGAGCAAGUAUGUUGAACGUGGUACCCUCUUCAGUCCGAGAGGUGCAAGGUAGGCGGAAAAGAGGACGGGAGCAGGACCAGGAGUUGAGCGGUAGAGGGCAGGAGAACGUGUGCCCAAAUGGAUUCCUGUCAGAAAGGGUGACCCCUCGCAGAAGGGUGAGAGGCAGUCACCGUGGCAGUAAGGCACAUCUGUUCAACCGCAGCGAUGAAGAAGCCAGUGCCUCCCUCCCUCAGAGUAACAAGGCCAAAGCCCCCACACAAACCGUCUCAACAGUCAACCCUACAGGUCGCUGGGGUCAAACACUCUCCCCAGUUGAUCCCAAGACUGCCAUUCUCAUUGGAGGACAGGGCUUGAGGAUGCAGUUCUGCAAGGACCCCAUGUGGAAACUCUGUACUGAGGACAUGUCAUGGAUGCCAGCUGAGACGAUGGCAGAAGGCCCCACCCCAGAGGCUCGGAUUGGCCACACAGCGACCUUUGACCCAGAGUCGAGGCGGAUUUUCAUCUUUGGAGGCUCCAAGAACAAGAAGUGGUUUAACGAUGUCUACAUCCUGGACACGCAAAGCUGGCGGUGGACCAUGGUUGAGGCGCAGGGUAAAGUGCCCCCGCUGGCCUACCACAGCUGCAGCCUCUUUCGGGGGGAGCUGUUCGUGCUUGGAGGGGUGUUCCCAUGCCCUCACCCAGAGCCGGAUGGCUGCAGCGACUCCGUCUACAUCUUCAACCCUGAGAUGGCCAUCUGGUACAAGCCCAUUGUCAAUGGUGACCGCCCUGCCCCGCGAUCAGGGCACUCUGCCUGCGUGGUACAGGGGAAGAUCUACAUAUUUGGGGGCUGGGACACGCCUGUGUGCUUUAACGACAUGCACGCGCUAGACCUGGGGCUAAUGGAGUUUUCAGCAGUGGAGACCAGUGGAGUGCCACCUUUACCUCGAAGCUGGCAUGCCUGCGCGCUGCUCUCGGCCUCCAAGUUCCUGAUCCACGGAGGCUAUAACGGGAACAACGCCUUGGCAGAUGCUUUCAUCUUUGAUACGGUCUCCAGCAGCUGGACCAUGGUGGUCAACACCCAGCUGUCCUCCGUCCCCCGUGCUGGACACUCCAUCAUCACAAUGUCCAGCUCUUGCACUCAGGGUUCACUUGAAGAUGGGGACCAGGAAGUGACAUCAAAGCCCCCUCCUGAGAUGCUGUUCAUGUUUGGGGGUGGGGACAAUGAGGGAAGCUUCUUUUCCGAUCUUGAGACCCUGUCAGUUGACAAGCUGCUGACCUGAGAGAUUGCAGACAACCUGCAUUCAGCUUCACCUGCUUUCCAGUGAGAUGCUAAAAGCAUUGAAAUAGAUUUCACCUUGCAACUUUGACCCCUCUUUCCUUACAGUGGGCUCUGAAGACAAACAGUUAACAUACAAUUGCAAAUCCUAGAUUUUGCAAGAUUUUGGUUUGGUUGGUAGGCCUAAUUGUUUUAUAUUUUAUAUAUUUAUUUUUUGUUCAGGAACACUUACAACACACGGUCUCACAUGAUCUUACAUGAAUCAACGCAAUCCUUGAAAUAUGGUGAGGGGGUAAAAUGGCGAAAUAAAAGAAACUCAAACGUAAGGGAAGUCUAUUAUCUAACAAUGCUCCAAGUUAACACUUUUGUGGCAAGUUUUCUCACUCAGGUAAAUAGUGUUCAAAUUGUGAGCUCUUGCCCUGAGUGCAGGAAACCUGUUCUUUAAGGUGGAAGGGGAGGAGUUUAAUAGUCAUGGGAUUCUGAUUUAGUGUUUUGUUAAAA